AUGAGGUGGAAGGUGGGGGAUAGAGAGAAAAUUAGAUUCUGGAAAGACAAAUGGAUUAAUCAACAUGAAUCACUAGCAAAAAGGUACCCCAGGCUGUUUAUCAUAUCCUCACAGCAGAAUCACACCAUUAGGCAGAUGGGAAUUCACAAUGACAAGGGCUGGGAAUGGAAAUUUUCAUGGAGAAGACUGCUUUUUGACAAUGAAAUUGAUACAACCAUCAAUUUUCUUAGGGAGGUAGAAGGACAAAGCAUACAGCAACAGCAAACUGACAUUUGGGAGUGGCUAGGAGAUCCAUCAGGGAAUUACUCAACUCCCAGCGCUUACAAUCUGAUAUGGGAGGAAAUUGUUGGUGGUCAGAAGGAGGAUUGGAGUAUGGAACUAUGGAAGACAAAGAUACCUAGCAAAAUUGCGGUAUUCACUUGGAGAUUAUGCAGGGGCAGAUUGCCCACAAAAGAGAAUCUGCGCAAAAGGCACAUGCAGAUCAACAAUAUGCUUUGCCCUUUCUACAGUGGAGCUAUGGAAGAUGAAUCUCACCUAUUUAUUCAUUGCAUCAAAAUCCAACCAAUUUGGUGGGAAUCGAUGUCAUGGAUGAAUAUCAAAGGCACUUUCCCUUUCAGCCCGAAACAGCACUUCAUGCAGCAUAGCUCUAUCCAGAUCGAAGGAUUAAGGGCUAAGCGAUGGAGGUAUUGGUGGUUGGCAGUAACAUGGUCUAUAUGGAAGCUUAGAAACAGAAUUUUGUUUGCAAAUGCAGAAUUUGAUACUAAUCGGCUUUUUGAAGAUGCUAUCUUUAUAGUUUGGACUUGGCUUAGACAAUUUGAGAAAGACUUCACAGUCCACUAUAAUCAGUGGUCAAGCAAUAUUAGACAAGGUUUUUUGUUUAUGUAG